AUGGGAUCCAGCUCGUCAGCAUACCGACCCAAGUGUGUUUAUUUGGAUAUUGAUGGAAGAAUUCAGAAGGUGGCCUUCAGUAAAUACUGCAACUCAAGAGAUAUUAUGGACCUCUUCUGCAUUGCAACUGGUUUACCAAGGAAUACAACCAUUUCACUUUUCACGGCAGAUGACUGCAUGGUAUCCAUUGAUCCUACCAUGCCAGAAAACUCAGAAAGGACUCCCUACAAAGUAAUACCUGUAGCCACUGGACAACAAACAGAGAAAGAAGAAUUGUUCCAGAAUUUACUGGUGCAGGUGUCUGAGCAAUUCUCAAGGGUCUUUAAAAUCGAUGAACUGAAAACAGAAGUAGCUAAUCACUUGGCAAUGCUGGAGAAAAGAGUUGAAUUGGAAGGACUGAAAGUAGUGGAGAUUGAAAAGUGUAAAAGUGACAUUAAAAAGAUGAGGGAUGAAAUGUCAGCCAGAAGCUCCAGGACCAACUGCCCGUGUAAAUACAGCUUUCUGGAUGAAAACAAGAAACUGAUGCCUCGAAGGGAUGUACCAUCCUAUCCCAAGUACAUGCUUUCUCAGGAGACCAUAGAAGCUCUUAGGAAACCAACCUUUGACGUCUGGCUCUGGGAGCCCAAUGAGAUGCUGAGUUGUUUAGAACAUAUGUAUCAUGAUUUAGGAUUAGUGAAAGACUUUAACAUCAACCCUAUAACACUGAAACGGUGGCUGCUGUGUAUUCAUGACAACUACAGAAGCAAUCCAUUCCAUAAUUUUCGACACUGCUUCUGUGUUACGCAGAUGAUGUACAGCAUGAUCUCUCUCUGCAAUCUCCAGGUAAAGCUUUCCCAGAUGGAUAUCUUAAUGCUAAUGACUGCAUCAGUGUGUCAUGACCUCGAUCACCCAGGAUAUAACAACACGUACCAGAUUAAUGCGCGAACAGAGCUUGCAGUGCGCUACAAUGACAUCUCUCCUCUGGAGAACCAUCACUGUGCAGUAGCUUUCCAGAUCCUUGCACAACCUGAAUGCAACAUUUUAUCCAAUGUGGAUAAGGAACAGUUCAAACGGAUAAGGCAGGGAAUCAUUACGUUAAUCUUAGCAACAGACAUGGCAAGGCAUGCUGAAAUACUAGACUCUUUCAAAGAAACACUGGACAGCUUUGACUACUCUGAUGAGGAGCAUGUGACCCAGUUGAAGAUGAUACUGAUCAAAUGUUGUGAUAUCUCCAAUGAAGUUCGCCCAAUGGAAGUGGCUGAGCCAUGGGUAGACUGCUUAUUAGAGGAAUAUUUUAUGCAGAGUGACCGGGAAAAGUCUGAAGGUCUUCCAGUGGCACCUUUUAUGGACCGAGACAAAGUGACCAAACCUACAGCACAGAUUGGCUUUCUGAAGUUCGUCCUGAUUCCAAUGUUUGAAACUGUAACAAAGCUUUUUCCAGAGGUUGAAGAAGUGAUGCUCCACCCACUUUGGGAAUCCAGGGACCGCUAUGAAGAGCUAAAGCAAACAGAUGACACUAUGAAAGAGUUACAGAAGAAUGAAAGUUUGACAUCUGGAAGCAGGGAGAAGUGAAGAGGAAAGGAAAGAGGGGGCACAUCAAGUUAAGCAUUACAAUGGACACAAAGACCCUUUAGAGGUUUGCCAAGUUCAGCUAAACAUCACGGGAAUGCACAGCACUGACAAAGGAUGAGGCCGAACCACUGAGCACUUUCCCCAGUUCCUUUUCUAUAGACCGGCAUUUAUCUGCUGGAUGUAAAUGAUAAGGAACCCUGCUGUUGUACAAGAUUUUUUCUUUUAUUUUUAAAUUCAUCUUUUAAAUAAUAUAUUCUUAUACC